CAUUGCUCUCUCGCGUCUGAAACAACUGUCGUGAUGUUCCACGUGGCAUCAUGCCUCAUCGUUUCGUCGAUGUGCUCCACGUUUGUAAGAUCUCGUUUUACCUGAAGUGUAUAAAAGCUGAGAGAAUGACUCUUUUCAACAAGAGUUGUUAUGUUGUUAAAGUUGCAUAUGAGUAUCCCAGAGCAAAAGAAGAAGCCCAUAUCUGUCGCUUCUCUGUUAAACCCUUUUAUUGUAACUGCACUGAAUGUUUGGGACGAGCAUAGUAUGUCUCUAUCAACUUCGUCUUCCACCACGACAGAGACUCUGAAGAAUAUUGAUAACCAUACCAGAACAACUUGGAAACACACAACUGUGGGCCUUAUUCAAACAGUAACGACAACUUUAUCGCCACCAAACUGCGAAAGCAGCAACGUAGAUAUAUCACUUCGGUUAGAGGCAAAACGCUGCAGAAAAGACACACAGUUAGUAAAGAAGAACAGAAGAGGUCGUCUUCCUCUGCAUCCAGAAAUGUCUGCGGAAGAGCGUGCACUAUGGAGGAUUUAUAGAAAUAGACAAUCCGCAGCGAAAAGUCGUCAAAAGCAGAAAGAGCAUAUUCUGUACCUGGAGAAACUGUUGAAGAAUGCAGAAUUUUGCAAUCUAUUGUUGAACCGAACAUGUACAUUAUAUGCCAAUAUUAUUCAGCAGCUACAGCAGCAAGUUUGAGAAACUUGUCUUGAGGAGGUCACCUUAGUGUACCUGUUGAAAUUCUGAGUAACCAUCUAAUAGUUUGUUAGUAUCGUUCAGCAACCACUGUCACUACUAUCAGAUAAUGCUUUGUCCUGAGAAAAGUCUGCUCCUAAAAAUAAUAGACUUUGAAUGCCGAAAUUCUAUGCAAGAUACAAUGUCAUAUUAUCAAGAGAACCUUAACCUUAAAUUUGCCUAUUAAGGUUUCAUUCUAUCUCUUUCAUAUUCAUGUCAUUUCAUAGGUUAGUUUAGCAGCUAUGGCCAAGUCAAAUAUCAUCAUCAUGAGGAGGGAACAAGUAUAGGUUUAGCAAUCGUAGUUAUAUACUUGUAACUUUUUUUCGUAGUUGCUGUGUUCUCAAACAAUUGACAUAUCCAGUUUCAACAACGAUUUAUGAAAUUAACUCUGGCUUUAUAAACAAGUAAUCAAAACUUUACUUGAUUCAUUUGUAGCCAAAGAACACUAUGGCAUGCCAAGAACCAAACAGACAACUUAAUUGUUUUCUUCAGUUAGUUCACCUGUAAAAUUGACGUG